UGUCGUCAUAAUAAACGGUUCAUGCAUUUGAGUUGAAAUAACCGCGCUUAGUUUCCAUCAUGUAUCCGGGUGUGUACUGUUCGCAUAAAGUUUAUCAUUUUUCAAUAAAUAAUUUUCUGUAAUAUAGAAUUCUGACAGUAACAGAUUAAGUGCCUGAAUUUUUAAUUAAUAUUUAUAUUGUGAAUGCGUGUUUAUCUGUGGUGAGGAUUUGAUAACACAUUGUUUACAUGUAUGUACAUUAAUCCGAUAGUUCUAGUACAUUUCAACAAUGGAAAAUUACAACUAAUUACAAAUAAUAUUAGGUGAAUAACAAAAAAAUAAAAAGAAAGAUUAUGUCUUGAAAUAAAAAUUAAUGAAUAAAUAGAUCUCUGAUCGAAACUGUUAAUGGGUAAAGAAAAUUUUGAAGUACCAAAGGUUUUAAUAUAAGGUUUAAAAAUGGUAAGCAAAUUACCACAUGAAUUUAGAAAAUAUUUACGUAAUCGAAAUCAUCUGCAACAUAUUCUUGAAGAAACACAACGAGCAUUAGAAGUUAUUAACAUAGAAAACUUCUUUCCUGGAGAAAAUGUUAUGGAAGAAUUAUUGUCUCCUUUAACAUUGAAUAGAAUUACAGAUAUUUUGGCCAAUUCUCCAGCUAUUGUAGUUCUUGGGCAAGAUAAUAAAGCAAAAGCAACAAUAGUCAAUUCUUUAAUAUCUACUAAUAUUUUACCAAUAUGUAAUGGACUGUGGCGGUGGAUUAGACUUAUGUAUGGCCAGACAAACCACAUUAGUCUUACAUUAGGUCUAGAAUAUGAAGUGGUUGAAACUUUGCAAGGAAAUGAAAAAGCUUGGACUACACUUCCAAUUGAAGAUUUAACAAAAUCUGAUAGUGAAGAUACAACUUAUCCAACAGUACUUGAAGUUCAAUUAAAUCAACCCAUAUUAAAAGAUGGUGUUCAAAUAUAUAUUGCCCCAAAUACUGGAGCAAUAAAAGUUCUUGAAAAAGAGUUGUUACCUAUUUUACCAAUAUUUUUAUAUGCACUGGGUGAUCAGCCUUUAACAGACCAAAAUUUGGAGGAAUUAAGAAACUUAAAAAGAACUUAUCCCUUUAAUUCUGUACUUUUCAUAUCAUCUUUGGAAAAUAUCUCAUUGACUGGCAUUGAUGCUGAAUUGACUGAAUCUGAACAACAUAGACUUCAAAAUCGAUUAACCUCCAAUGAUGAUGAUAUUGAUUUUGAUAGAAUGAAUUCACUUGGUUUAAUAUGGUUUGAUCAACUUACAAGUUUAGGUUUUCUUGGAAUGAAAGAAUCUGUUGAAGUUGAUCAAUUAUCUUGGCUAGGUAGUGGGCAAUGUAUUGGUUCCAGUGAUUUUCUUGAUUCAUGCAAAAAAACAGAUCGAAUUGUAUAUUUCAUUCGUGGAUGUUUGCAAACAUAUCUUAUUAAUGCUAGCACUUAUUUAAACGAAGUACAUACAACAAGUCUAAGAAAAUUUAUUUUAAGUGCCUUUGAUAUGGCACGUAUUAUCCAGAUAACUCCUAAGAGAAUACAAUAUGCUCAACAGAGGGAGAAUGAAUUAUAUGCCAAUUUAAUGAAAACUGUUAAUGAAAAACAACAAGAAUUAACUGGGUUAAUACAGAAUAUUAUUCAAGAGAUGAAAAAUGAUGUGUUAUCAUCUAAUAGUGAUGUAUGUUUGUAUCAAAACACGCCUUUCAAUAAUAAUGGAAGGCCAGAAUGGUCUGCAACUGUUAAAGCUGCAAUUUCUGAAGUUCAGAGAAUAGUACUUCACCGUUUAGGCGAAAAAGUUGUAAAACAACUUGUAAAUUCUGUCAAAUGUUUGCGCGAAAGCUUUGUUGGUACUUUGCAGCGUUGUUUAUUAAGUCUCGAAAAAACUUACGAACGUGACACUUGUCUGUUGGCUAGUGAUGCUUUGAAACAAAUACUUUCAGCUGCAUAUAAUAUUGAAUUACAUAAUUCUUCACCAUUUUCGAUAUAUUCGUUUUUAGAAAGAUUGAAUCUAAUUUUUAAGUCUUCAUCUUUACAAUGGUCAUCAACUCAUACUUUAGAUGUAGCUUGGAGGAGAAAAGUUACAAUUGAAAUACUGAAUUCUUUAUCAGCAACAAAGCUAGCUAAAUUAAUAUUAAUGCAAUUUGGGGAUAAACUCGAAUCUUCUCAUAAUGCUUUUCAAGCAGCUCUUAAAUCUAUAGAAAAUUAUUAUUCUGGAAAAUUGGAAAGAACAGAAGAACAGAAAAUAGCUAUUAGGAAACAUUACGCCCCUAGAUUGGCUAGAUUAGCAUUAGAAUCUACAUCAAUGAUAGAUGUGGUUCGCUAUGGAAUGCCUCAUUAUAAAGAAGAAAUUGGCCGUGGACAAUAUGGCAUUGUAUUUGCUUGCGACGGCUGGGGUGGUACGAACGGUCCUUGUGCAGUGAAGUCAGUUGUUCCGUCAGAUGAAAGCCAUUGGAAUGAUCUGGCUAUGGAGUUUUAUUAUAGUAGAUCUAUUCCUGAACAUAAAAGAAUAGUGAAACUUCGAGGAUCUGUUAUUGAUCAUUCCUAUGGUGGAGGAUUUGGUUUUGGAUCUGCAGUUCUUUUAAUAUCUGAUCGUUUAAGUCGUGAUUUAUAUUGUGGAAUACGUGCUGGCUUAUCUUGGCUAGAACGUAUACAAAUAGCAUUAGAUGUAUUAGAAGGAAUACGUUAUCUUCAUUCUCAAGGACUUGUACAUCGAGAUAUUAAAUUGAAAAAUGUGCUCCUCGAUACCGAAAAUAGAGCGAAAUUAACCGAUUUUGGUUUUUGUAUCACAGAAGUUAUGAUGUUAGGAAGCAUUGUUGGAACACCUGUUCAUAUGGCACCAGAACUACUCUCUGGCCAUUAUGAUAGUAGCGUCGAUAUAUAUGCAUUUGGAAUUUUAUUUUGGUAUAUAUGCGCGGGACAUGUAAGAUUACCAUAUGCUUUUGAACAGUUCCAUAAUAAAGAAUUAUUAUGGACCAGUGUGAAAAAAGGUAUACGCCCAGAAAGAUUACCUUCUUUUGAUGACGAAUGUUGGAGAUUAAUGGAGCAAUGCUGGUCCGGAGAACCAUCUAAACGUCCUUUACUUGGUGCCAUUGUACCAGUGUUAGAAUCCAUUCAACAAAAAGCAGAAGCAAACGUAGCCUUACAAGGAUUCUCAACUGAGAAGAUACAAGAAAGCUCGUCAACAGAUUCAAGAAAUCCUGCAUUAGCAUUAGCAGAACCUUAUAAUCAAAGAGGUACUGUAAUCAGUCCUCCUCCUGCAAAACGUAGAGCAACUGGAGUUGUAAAAUACCACCUUUUUCUGACUAAUUUAUAUGUUCAAAUGCGGUAACUAUGAGGCGCAAAUUUUGCUUUCUUUGCUUUGUAUUUAAAAUUUUAAAAUGAUCUGACUAUAUUGAAUCUCGACUUUAAACAAAUUUUUUAUUUUUUAUUUGAUGUUCUCUCAAUAGUAUUUUAAAUGCAGUAUUAAUUCGACGACAGGCUUCUUAUUGUUUUUACGUUUUUAAAAGUUUUUAAAUUUUAUAUUUCUUUAUUUAAUAAAAACAAGUUGAGAAAAAAAAAACUGAACUAUGUAAAUGUAAUUUAUACCUAAGUAGUUAUGAAGAGAUUAUAUAAAGUUAUUUUUAUAUUUAUUAAUAUAAGUAACUAUAAUAUUUGAUAAAUAUGUAAUUAGUGAACUUCAAGUUGUUGAUAGGAUAGACAGUAAGGAAAUCCAAGAUUGUAAAGAUUAAAAAAUAAAUAAAGAUUCCUAGUUUUGUA